AAAUCCCAACCAUUCAAAUCUUCUUCUUCUUCUUCUUCUUCUUCUUCUUCUCUCUUUCGCUGUUCUUGUCAGAUUCGCAUUCUCCAAAAGCAGAAGCAGCAUCAACGUUCAUUCAACAACAACCACCUUCUGUGGUUGAGGUUGGGCGCCAUGGCCUCCCAGCGUCAACCACCGUCGAGCUCCAACGCGUUUUCCUUCCUCUCCAAGGGUUGGCGCGAGGUUCGUGACUCAGCCGACGCGGAUCUGCAACUCAUGAAGGACCGAGCCAACUCGUUCAAGAAUUUAGCGACGUCGUUCGACCGGGAGCUUGAGAAUUUCUUUAAUUCCGCGGCUCCGGCGUUCUCUGUCCCCGCCAUGCGCUCUGCUUCUCCGCCUCCGGCGGAGAUCGAGUUCGUGAAGAAGCUGCAGCCAAAGCUCUCGGAGUUUCGACGCGCGUACUCGUCGCCGGAUUUUAGCAAGAAAGUUCUGGAGAAGUGGCGGCCGAGGGCGAGGAUUCGAAUUGAUUUGUCCGCCAUCAAGAACGCGAUUGUUUCGGAGGAAAUUGAUGAAGGGAUUGUGGAUUUUGAGAGGGGGAAGAGGGAGAGGAGGUUGAGCUUCUGGGAGGAGUUGAAGGGAGAGGGUGAAGCUCAGGAUUGGGAGCCAAUUCGAGCAUUGAAGACUAGGCUUAAGGAAUUUGAGAAGCGUAGUUCCUCUGUUGAGUUUUUUGAUGGCUUCAAGAACAGUGAAUUUCUCGAGAAAGUCAAGUCUAGCCUGAAAUCAAUGUGCAAGGAGCCUCGAGAUUCAAAGGAAGUGCCACCACUGGAUGUAGCUGAACUUCUGGCCUACUUUGUUAAACAGUCUGGGCCAUUUUUGGAUCAACUUGGAGUCAGAAGAGACGUAUGUGACAAGAUAGUUGAAAGCUUGUAUAGCAAACGCAAGAACCAACUUCUAUUGCCGUCCCUUUCUGGAGAAGAAUCUUCCCUUCUUGGGAAUGGAAACAUAAAUGAUGAGUUGGAUUUGCGAAUAGCUAGUGUUCUUCAGAGCACAGGGCACCGGAAUGAAGGUGGCUUCUGGACAGACCAUGCAAAGCAUGAUUUGUCUGACAAUGAAAGACAUGUUGCAAUAGUCACAACUGCUAGUCUGCCUUGGAUGACGGGAACAGCUGUAAACCCGCUGUUUCGAGCUGCAUAUUUAUCACAAUCUGAAAAGCAGAAAGUCACUCUGCUGGUUCCAUGGCUUUGCAAAUCAGAUCAAGAACUAGUUUAUCCCAGCAAUCUCACUUUCACUUCACCUGAGGAGCAGGAAGGUUAUAUACGUAAUUGGCUCGAGGAAAGGAUUGGUUUUAAGGCAGACUUCAAAAUUUCUUUUUAUCCUGGCAAGUUUUCACAAGCAAGACGAAGUAUAAUACCUGCUGGAGAUACUGCUCAAUUUAUACCAUCCAAGGAUGCUGACAUUGCUAUCCUAGAAGAACCAGAACAUUUGAAUUGGUAUCAUCAUGGUACGCGUUGGACGGAUAAAUUCAACCAUGUUGUUGGUAUUGUUCACACAAAUUACUUAGAAUACAUCAAGAGGGAGAAAAAUGGGGCACUCCAGGCAUUCCUUGUGAAACAUAUAAACAACUGGGUUGCAAGAGCGUACUGCGACAAGGUUCUUCGUCUCUCAGCUGCUACUCAGGAUUUACCCAAGUCUGUAGUUUGCAAUGUUCAUGGCGUGAAUCCCAAAUUCUUAAAAAUUGGAGAAAGUAUUGCUGCAGAGAGGGAGCUUGGGCAGAAAGGCUUCACUAAAGGGGCAUAUUUCUUGGGAAAGAUGGUAUGGGCAAAGGGAUAUAAGGAGUUGAUAGAUUUAUUAGCAAAGCACAAGGCUGACCUUGAUGGCGUUAAGUUGGAUGUAUUUGGAAAUGGUGAGGAUGCUAAUGAAGUUCAGAGUGCAGCUAGGAGGUUCGAUUUGAAUCUCAACUUUCAGAAAGGAAGAGAUCAUGCCGAUGAUUCUCUUCACAGGUACAAAGUCUUCAUAAAUCCUAGCAUUAGCGAUGUGCUAUGUACAGCUACAGCUGAGGCACUUGCAAUGGGAAAAUUUGUAGUUUGUGCUGAUCAUCCAUCAAAUGAGUUCUUCAGGUCGUUUCCCAAUUGUUUGACUUACAAGACUCCUGAAGACUUUGCAGUAAAAGUUAAAGAAGCAUUAGCAAAUGAGCCUUAUCCUCUCACACCUGAACAAAGAUAUCAACUAUCUUGGGAGGCUGCUACUCAAAGAUUUAUGGAAUAUUCCGAGCUGGACAAGGUCCUGAACAAGGAAAAGGAUGGUGCAAAACCAAGUAAAAAUAAUAGAAAGAUCAUGGCUAAAUCAGCUUCGAUGCCUAAUCUGACAGAACUAGUAGAUGGAGGAUUAGCAUUUGCUCACUACUGUCUCACUGGGAACGAAUUCCUAAGAUUAUGUACUGGAGCGACACCGGGGACCCGGGACUAUGACAAGCAGCACUGUAAAGACCUGAAUCUCUUGCCUCCACAGGUAGAAAAUCCUAUUUAUGGCUGGUGAAUAGAUUGACUAGUCUGAAUAUCAAAAUAUGUAAAAAGUUUAUCAAUGGUAUUGGUUGGCGAAUACUGAAUAGCGUUAGUGCUAUAAGUUUGUAGUUUCUGAUUGUUUUAUAGUUUGUAAUUAGGUGCCCGUUAAGUUUUGUAGUUGAUUUUGAUUUUACUUUUGUAAGUAGAAUGGUAAUGUUAAGUUCUACCAUGUAAUGGCAAAAAAGGUCAUUUCUCCUA